GGCGUUCGGCGCGACGUUCAUCGCGAUGGCGGGCGUGCGGCGUUUGACGUGAGAGAGUGCCGGGGAAGAGAGCACUCCAGACUCCAGUACAGCAAAACAGUCCGAAAAUACUACGGCGACAAUGGCGGACGAGGAGCUACCAGCCGGAUGGGAGAAACGCCUCAGCAGAUCGACCGGUCAACACUAUUAUUUAAAUAUUUAUACCAAGGAAAGUCAGUGGGAUAGACCAGAUAAACCUGCGGAUCCAUCUGGCAAUGGCAAGGCGGACGGACCUGAAGAAGUGCAAUGUUCUCAUCUACUUGUGAAACAUUCGGGCUCUCGACGACCUUCUUCCUGGCGAGAGGAGAAUAUUACUAGGUCAAAGGAAGAAGCUCUCGAAAUGGUUAAAUCUUAUAGAGAACAAAUCGCGUCUGGCAAAGCGACGUUCGCUGAACUCGCCUCCAAGUACAGCGAUUGCAGUUCAGCAAGGCGCGGCGGCGACCUCGGACCUUUCAGUCGGGGCGCGAUGCAGAAGCCCUUCGAGCAGGCGGCAUUCACGCUGAAGGUUGGCGAGCUGUCGUCACCUGUGCACACAGAUAGCGGAAUUCACAUCAUUCAACGGACUGCAUAAGCCAGCUCAGCCUGAAACGAAUUGCCGAUACUUUGCGAGAAAUCGCUUUCUCUCUCUUUCCAUCUCUCUCUCUGUCUUUUAAUCUUACAGUUUAUAAAAUUAUGCCAAUGGUAUUCUCCCAACAUUCUAUAUACUGGCUGUUGUGGUAUACUUAUUUAAGUCAGCAUUUGAACUUUAUGCUUAUUUGAAAUCACAGUUUCAAAAAGCAUUUCUUUAGGCGUGUCAUACUUGUCUCUUUUACCAUAUGUUUGGCAUUUGCCUAGGUUUCAUCCAUUUUCAGAAGAUAUAUUAAAUGCUUUACUUAACUCUUCAUAAUUUGGACGCCUGUUUAAUUCAGUCAUAUUAUUCAUGCGUGACAAAUUUCUUUUGAUAUUUUUCUUUUACAGAUUGCACAUACUAUUUGAAUGAUUUCUUUUCUUGUUUUAGUUUUAAUCCAACUAUGUGUGCGUUCCGUUUUACGCAUCAUGCGCAUCAUGCGUGAAACGGAACGCACCCUAUACUUAUUAUUUGGCAUUUUAACGCGAUCUUACUAACACCGGUCACUGUUCCAAACUAAAGGCAUCACUUGAGAGAGCGUUUUUUUUUAUUUUUUGUGUGUUUUUAUCAAUAUAAUUCCGCUUUGCAAUAAGAUAAUAAAUUAAUGGUGCAAUCAUAAAGAAAUUAAGGCAUCAUUAGCAGACAGACGCAUGUUAAAACGUUAUCGUAUAAAAGCGACGAUAUUAUACCCUCCCUUAAUAUUAGAAAAAAUAAUAAUUGAAUACAUGUUCCUUGACAAAUAUCAUUAUCCUACUACUGAAUGCAUAAUUGUGUUAAUAUAAUAUUAAUGUCUUCCUUGACCUGAUGGAAGUUAAAAUACUGGCUAUACGAUGAUAUUAUUACAUUAAUUUUUUAUCAUUGUAAUUAGAGCGAAAUCGAAAUCAUGCAAAAUAUUAAAAAAUAUGUCAAUGCGGUAUUAGUUAUUUGUGUAACAAGUGAGGUAAGAUGAAAAUUCCCGGG